AUGGACGAUGAGAGCAGCGUUGCCCUGCAGUCGUUCGUGUUUCAGGUUGCAGAGCUUCGAAAAGGCAGCAAAGCGGCACAAGACAGGCUUUCACAAGCCUUGCGGGCGAAGGAUGUUUGGCGCCUUUGUGCAGAGGCAUUGUCGAGGGAGAGGCUGAGCUUCGAUGGAGAAGUCGACUCCUUCGUGAAGGUUUUUUGUGCAUCGCGGCUGGCCAAUUUGGCACGACGCCUGCCUGCCUGGUGUCCGAAGGACGAGCUGCAAGGUUUUCGCGAAGCCAUGCUGCUGCUGUGUCAAGAUCAGACUCGUCUAACUCCUCUGUGGCGCCAAGUUGGUGUAGCGUUGGUCGCGUCGGAGCUUUGGCUUGGAUGUUGGAAACCGCUCGCGUUAGCUGGCACAGUGCCUGCUGAGUGCCUCAAGGAAGUGCUUUUGCUGCCGGUGGAAAUGCUUUUUUGUGACAAGGCCCUGCCAUUGGGGGACGUGCAACUCUGGCAGCUGGCAGCAGGCACGCUUGUAGAGGCCUGCGAUGCUGUCUUCAGCGUCAUCUUCCGCAGCUGCAUGAACGACCCGAAUAUGUUAGAGGUACUUCCUGGUUGGUUGAAAGCAGCACGUUUGUCUUUCGAAUGGCUGGACAUGGAUGAGGCAAGGCCGCUGCGAGCAUUGUCUGAGCAUUUGGCGAGCUUGCUCACCUGGGUAGAGGCAAUGCCGGACAGAGGUUGCGAGAUCGCGCAGCAGCUGGCAAGGUGGGUACGAUGCGAUGCAGAACUGAAGCCGAUUCUGCGGCCGAUCCUGGACAGGCUUUUGCCAACAGCAAAGAUGAAUCCGGCCUGCCCUCAACUCCUCCCCCUGCUGGCUGACUUGGCUGCUGACCGGUGGCCAAGGGCAUGUCUGAACGAUCCGGAGGUGGUGGGCAUGCUGGACGUGCUGUCUGCGGCGGAUGCGGCACUUCUGCUUCUGCGAAAUGCCGGCGCAGAUGACGAAGCUGCCAGUGACGCUGAAGCCGCUCUGGCCGUUUGGCAGACCCUCGCUGGAACUGCGAUUUGCGGAACCGUCGAGUGGGAGGACGAGGCAGAGCUGGGAGCGGGCAGACACUCCGAGUGGUGGGUGCCACGCCAGCAAGUCUUGAGCUGCCCUCUCUUUCCGGAGCUCUUUGCCCGCCUUGUGCCGGAGUUGCUGAGGACGCUGCAGUGCCCUUCAACUUGCGAGCACCCAAAGCUGGAGGCGGUGGUGCAAGUUCGCGCGGCCGCCGAGACGACGAUUUCAGCCUGGGCAGCCCUGAUGGGAGAGUCUGCAGUUUGGGCCGAAGCCACUUGGGCACCGCUCAAGAGCAUAACGCAGCGACUGGCGACACAAGGUCCAAGCGAGUCUUUUGCUAAAGAAGCUGAAGUCACGCUAUGGUUCUCGUACACCUUGGCGGCCAGUUGGCAAGAGAGGACGCCGGUGGCUGCUGCCGUCUUGGACAUCGGUGACCGCUUGGACAGCUUUCCGGCCCCCUGGCGAUCAUUGUUGUGGAUGCAGGCCUGCUGCUUGGCGUCGACCGGUCCCUCCGAGCUGAGCACAAGGCUGCUGGAAUGGAUGCUUCAACGGCCACCCCAGCUUGCCGGUGCUCCUGUUCUAUUGAGCAUGACGGAACUGCCCUAUGCGUCGAGUCUCGAAAUGGCGUGCCGACGGCUGCCGGCAACGGCCGCCUUCGGCACUGCAGCGGAGCGGCUGCUGCGAUUGGCCCUGAUCGAGGUCCCCGUGAACCAACUCCAUCCGCAAAGCGUGGAAGCCAAAGCCCGUCUACUACGAGCGAUGGCCCAGGUCAUGGGCGGCGAUGCUGCUCAGCUUUGCGAAGCACUGCGGCAGCAGAUCCUGCCUUCCCUGCGCGCGGCUGCCCAGGUGCAGGAAAACUUGUUCUUCAUGCGCAUGGUGAUCGCUAUUCUGCAUGCUGUCCUUCCGCGGAUGCAUGGUGAUGCACAUCCUGCUAUCUCCCUGUGGCGUGACAACUGGGAUGUUUUGGAAACUGCUCUUCUUCAUCAGCCCUGUCGUAUCGAAUCUGACGGACGGGAGCAGCCGCUCGAUGCCGCAGCCGAGGCAUUGGCGACUGCCUGCGCCCUUCCUGAGCUUUUCCAAGAGGCUCUUCAGCUGCUCGCCGUGGGUGUCGCUCGACGCCACAAAUCCGGAUCCGAGAUCUGCCUCGCUGCGAUGGAGUCUAUGAUGCAGCGCCUGCCCAGCCCUCCGCUUGAGCCGGCCUUGACAGCCCGAGCCGUUUCGGCUGCAGUGCGCCAAGCGACAGAGGCGGUUCUGAGUCAGCCAGACAGCCAUCAGAACCCGGCAGUGUUGAAGGCACUUUUCGCGCUUUGGUCACGUGGUCUUGCAGCAGGAAAGGCCGCGGCAGGUUUGCUGCGUCCAAACUUGCUGGACAACUACACGACUGUGGAUCAAUUGAUCGGCGUGUUCUGCAGUGCCAUGCCUGUUCAUGCUGAAGAGCGAAUGGUUCGUUGGUUGAACCUUCUUCUGCCUCGCGAUGGCCGGGAGGAACACCACACCGCCUGCUCGAUCCUGCAGGCCUUGCCAUCGAUUUACGCGGCGAUUUUUCAGGCCUUAGCAGUGCAGGACUCCUUGACACGCUGGGACGGUGGAGUCAUGGACGUUGCGGAAUUCAUGUUCUUCUCUGCGGAGAUGUUUCCAAGUGGGUAUUCGGCAGCUGUCGUGGCAGGCUUGAGUGCAGUCCCACAACUGCCUCUAUGGAACCAGCAGCAAGUCCUGCAGCUGCUCAACGGCCGUCAGGAAUGGCCACGCCGGUCUGCAUGGAUUUGUUCCUUCCAGCAGCUGAUUCAGGUGAUGCAUGUGAUCGAUGAGUUGCUGAGCCUUCGCUUCAAGGCCGUCGCUCCUUUCGUUCCUUUGUGCGAAAGGCAUCCAGGCGAGAGCUGGCAGCUCCCUUCCCGCUACAAGGUCACAGAACUUAUCGGCUCCGGCUCCUACGGCAGUGUUUGCGAGGCCGAAGAUGACUUCAACGGUCAGCGGCAGCCUGUUGCUAUAAAGAAGUGCAAGCGCAUCUUCGAAGACCUCGUUGACUGCAAGCGCAUUCUCAGAGAGGUAAGCAUUUUGUCCAAGCUGAGUCACAGGAAUGUUGUCAAGGUGUCGGACUUUUACAUUCCAGGAGAUAUGGCCAAAUUCACGGAGAUCUACAUGAUAAUGGAGCUCUGCGAUUCAGACUUGAAGAAGCUGUGCAGGCAAGAUGUCACACUCAGUCCAAUUCACGUUAACACUCUCUUGUACAAUCUGCUCGUGGGCUUGAACUACAUUCACUCAGCCGGCAUCUACCAUCGGGACCUGAAGCCGGCCAAUUGCUUCGUCAACCAGGAUUGCACCGUCAAGAUCGGAGACUUCGGUCUGUCCCGCGCUAUCAAAGGCGAGCAGAAGCACUUGAAGCAUUUACCCCACACGCCGCGGGAUGGCGAUCAGGCCCCCUUGCCACAAGUUCCGCACACGAAGAGGGCCGCCAAGAACUUGACGGGGCAUGUGGUGACACGAUGGUAUCGGGCUCCGGAGCUUAUUCUGCUUCAGGACAACUAUACAGAGGCUAUCGAUGUGUGGUCAGUUGGCUGCAUUUAUGCAGAGCUCCUCGGCAUGCUGCCACAAGCCGGGAAAAGCUACUUGGACCGCGGACCUUUGUUUCCUGGGACAUCCUGCUUUCCGCUGUCCCCAGACCACAAGCACAAAUCAGACUACAAAUACUACACCAACGGCAAGCAUGACAUGCUGAAAAAGAUCUUUGGACUGUUGGGGACUCCUGAGCAAAAGGACAUUGAUGCAUGCAUUGAGCGCGAGGAUGCAAAGCGUUACAUAGCUUGCUUCCCGAAGCAAAUUGGAGAUGGAUUGCGCAAAGUAUUCAAAGAGAUCGAUGCUGGCAUGAUCGAUAUCCUUGAGAAGAUGUUAAUCUUCAAUCCGAAGACUCGUAUCUCGGUGCAAGAGGCCUUGGCCCACCCGCUACUCGCAGACAUUCGCGACAAGACAUUGGAAACUACGUCGCCAGAAGUGGUCGUGCUUCCCUUCGAGAAGGAGCCCGACCUUGACGAAGACCUCCUGAGCAUUUUCACAGCACUUCAUGAAUGCCGAAUGUUCGAAAUUGAUGUUGUCUUAGACUCCGAAGCUGACGCCAUUGGUGUACCGCGUGUGAUGAAUGUUGCUCUGUUGCCAAGGCUACGGCAGCUGAAAGUCGAGCACGCACUCGUGGCAGAACUCCGUGUUGUGCGGUACAGAGCAGCGGAGUCUAAGUCUCUACAUAAUGCGCCGACUGCGCAAGCGCAGGCAAGACCACAUGGCUCUGCAGCUGUGGAAAUCACGCAGCUUGUUGUGGGCACCUUACUGUGGACGGGCCUUCGUGGUGGCAUGUGCCGUGGGCAUGUCGACGAGUCGAGGACUUGUUGCACUGGAAGGCUUUCCUCACGAAGAUCGCUGGUCCACAAGAUUGAACUGCGUCUCCAGGCACCAAGGUGUUCAAGGAGCCGGCCUCUUCCAUGGCAGCCCCAGCCGCCUCCUACCCUGCGAACGGAGGAGCAGUGCCUUCUUUUGGCUGAUGGGUUGGACGAGCAGCUCCUCCAACAGCAGCCAGACGAGGUGCUGUGCACCCGCUUUGGUGCUGAACUGACGCGGCGGCAUUUGUCGUGCCUUCUUCCCGACCAGUGGCUCAAUGAUGAGGUCGUGAAUUGCUACAUGAAGCUUCUACAGGACUGCAGCGAAGGCCAGAUUUGGUGCGCCAACACCUUCUUCUGGAAUAAGCUGGAGGCUGGCGGUCACGCCGCAGUUCAGCGCUGGACUAGGCGUGCUGCAGUCAAUGUCGCGGAGUUGCGUGCCAUCCUUGUGCCGUUGCACUUGGAAGGCUGCCACUGGUCGCUCGCCAUGGUUCACAUCCCCAGGCGUACCAUUUCUUACUUUGAUUCGCUGAGCCUGCCGGUCCCAAAGCUCUUGGGGCGGAGGCUCACCGAAUUCAUGGCGGCAGAGGUCGCGUCUUUUCCUGGUCGCCUAGAUCUGCAAGUGGACCAAAGUCUGCCGCAACAGGAAAAUUCGUCGGACUGCGGCAUUUUCAUGCUUGUCUAUGCUGAGCGUCUCGUCAUGGACCUGCCAAUUGGCAUUGACGCGUUCCUGUCGGGGAUCGAGGAAAAGCGCCUCGCCAUCGCGCUGGCCAUCCUUGAGGGCAAGCUGAGUCUCACAAGCAGGGAGCGACGGCACGAAAACACGAGCUGCCCAGCUUCAACGCGAAUUAUUUGGAGAAUGGUAACUUCCGCAUAUUACCACCAUGUGCACAGCCUCCUGUGA